CUGCCAUCUACCUGGCCCUUGAUCCUUCUUUGAAGUUCUCGAUCUUAUUCAUUCUCUUAAAUCAUGGAUGGGGAGGAGGAUGAUCUGUCUCUGCUGACUGCAUUACUGGAGGAGAAUGAGGCAACCUUGGAUUGUAAUUCAGAGGAGACUGACCCCUUGGCCCAGACAGAUGGCAGACCUGAUGAAUUUGAUGAGCUCUUUGAUGCUAGCGGUGAUGGUGAAUCUUACACUGAGGAGACUGAUGAUGGUGAUGAGGAAAAGACUGAAGAUCAGAAAGAAAAUGUGGCCUCUCUUUUUGGAGAUAUGGAAGACCUAACAGAUGAAGAAGAAGUAGCUCCAUUGCAAUCAACGAAAAAUAGAGUCCCCCCUGUUCCUGCUCCCAGUCAAGAGAAAACGAAUCAAGAGUUACAAGCUGAAUUAAGGAAGCUGCAAGAGCAAAUGAAAUCCUUACAAGAAAAGUUAAAGACAGCAACAAUUACACAGCCUAAUAGCCCAGCUCUUCUGCAGAAAUCCCCUGUAGCUAAGUCUGCACGUCUACCUCUUAAGGAGAAGAAAGUUCAGAGAAUUCAAGAGUCAACUUGUUUUUCUGCUGAGCUUGAUGUUCCUAUUCUACCAAAAGCCAAGCGGGUAGCUCGAACACCAAAACUUUCACCUGCAGUGUCCAGAAGCUCAUCUUCGAGUAUGACAAGUGCACUUUCAAGUAUGACAAAUGCACCCCCCUUACCACUCCAAACCACUCCUGGCAAUAAGCCAAGCAGUGUGACCAGAGAUCAGAGUGCAGCAACCCCCAGGAGUUCUGGGGAACUGGUUCAGCCUGUCUCUGUGGAAGCCUUCUCUGGCCUGAGACUCAGGCGUCCUCGAGUGUCCUCCACAGAAAUGAACAAGAAGAUGAUUGGCCGGAAACUGAUCAGAUUAUCUCAGCUCAAGGAAAAAAUUGCAAGUGAGAAGCUGGAAGAAAUAGAUUGGGUAACAUUUGGGGUUAUAUUGAAGAAGAUCACUCCACAGAGUUCUAAUAGUGGGAAAACAUUUAGCAUCUGGCGGCUGAAUGAUCUUCGUGACCUGACACGAUAUGUGUCUUUGUUCUUGUUUGGAAAUGUUCAUAAAGAGCUCUGGAAGACUGAGCAGGGCACUGUCAUAGGGCUGCUUAAUGCUAACCCUAUGAAACCCAAGGAUGGUUCAGAGGAGGUGUGCUUAUCUAUUGAUCAUCCUCAAAAGAUCUUAAUUAUGGGUGAAGCUCUCGACCUGGGAACCUGUAAAGCAAAGAAGAAGAAUGGAGAACCAUGUACCCAGACUGUUAAUUUGAAUGACUGUGAAUACUGCCAGUAUCACAUCCAGGCCCAGUACAAGAAACUGAGUGCAAAGCGCUCCGACUUGCAGUCCACUUUCUCCGGUGGACGCAUUCCAAAGAAGUUUGCCCGUAAGGGCACCAGCCUAAAAGAACGGCUGUGCCAGAAUGGUUUUUACUAUGGAGGAGUUUCUUCGGAAUCAUAUGCAGCCUCAAUUGCUGCAGCUGUCGCUCCUAAAAAGAAGGUUCAAACCACUCUGACUAAUCUGGUUGUGAAGGGUGCAGACUUGGUCAUUGAAGAAACACAAAGAAAACUUGGAAUACCUCAGAAGAGCCUGUCUUGCUCUGAGGAAUUCAAGGAAUUGAUGGACUUGCCUACAUUUGGGGCCAGAAACUUGAAACAACAUUUAGCCAAAGCCAAGUCAGCAGGGAUCCUGGGGAACCCGAAACCUUCUAUCCAGUCUAUCUCUGCAUCAGCCCUCUUGAAGCAACAGAAGCAGCAUAUGUUGGAGAUGAGGAAAAAGAAAUCAGAGGAAAUUCAGAAACGAUUUCUUCAAAGCUCAAGUGAGGUUAAGAGCUCGGCAAUGCCACCUUCUCGACAGACACCCAAACUUGGGCGAGGCAUCUCAGAAGGAGAUGAUGUCCUCUUUUUUGAUGAGUCACCACUACCAAAACCAAGACUGAGUGCUUUAGCAGAAGCCAAAAAAUUAGCAGCUAUCACCAAAUUAAGGGCAAAAGGCCAAAUUCUUACAAAAACAGAUCCAAACACCAUUAAAAAGAAGCCAAAGGCCCCCCAGGAUGUUCUGGAAAUGAAGGAACGUGUUGAAAAGAACACGCUUUCUCCUCAAGCUGAGAAUGAAUUGGAACCUGCCAGAAAAAAAAGGAGAGACCAACUUGCCUACUUGGAAUCCGAGGAGUUUCAGAAAAUUCUAAAAGCAAAAUCUAAGCACACAGGGAUUCUAAAAGAGGCCGAGGCUGAACUACAGGAACGUUACUUUGAACCACUGGUGAAAAAAGAACAAAUGGAAGAAAAGAUGAGAAACAUCAGAGAAGUGAAAUGUCGAGUAGUGACAUGCAAGACAUGCGCCUACACCCACUUCAAACCUCUGGAGACAUGUGUCAGCGAGCAGCAUGACUACCACUGGCAUGACGGAGUGAAGAGGUUUUUCAAGUGCCCCUGUGGAAAUAGAAGUAUCUCCCUUGACAGACUCCCCAAAAAGCACUGCAGUAACUGUGGCCUCUUCAAAUGGGAACGGGAUGGAAUGCUAAAGGAAAAGUCAGGUCCAAAGAUAGGAGGAGAAACCUUAUUACCAAGAGGCGAAGAACAUGCCAAAUUUCUGAAUAGCCUUAAAUAGCACUGCCUACAGACAUGUAUGCACAACUUACAAUGCUCCUUGUGACUCUGGAAAAGCAAGGUAUUGGCCCUAUAGGGUUUAUGUUCCUGAUUGACAGAACAACUCUGUUACACCUAAUAGCCCUCUCUACUUACUUUCUUCAAUUAUGUUGAUUGACACAGUUUAACGUUUUACCUUUAAAUGGAAAAAUGAAGAUAUUGUUUUCCCUGUUCUCCCGUCACAUGAUUUCCCCCAAAACUGGAAGAUAAAUUGAGAGCUGUGUUUCUGCAUCUGUUGGUUUGUGAAGUUUUAUAGCGUGGUGUUUUAUCACAGUGAAGUUCUGGUAUUUACGUGGACACUAGAGGCAGAGAAUUAACUUAAUGUGCCCCAGAUAAGUUACUUAAUUUCUGGGUUUCAUUGUCUUUAUGUACAAAAUGAAAGUGAUUGAACUAAAUGAUCUUGAAGUGCAUUGUUCACUCUCAAAUUCUACAAACAAUGUAACUUACUAGCUAAUUCUGAUUAUUGCCCUUGUUAUCAUCUUGAUAUAUUAAUACUGUAGACCAGGUUCCUUCUGUCCCAUU